CCAUGGCUGGAAGCGCACCGGUGAUUGUGAUUCUGACACUGACAAUAUUCAUUGCCCAAGUGUCAUGCGCUAAAACACCGGCUGAUAUAUUGCGUCACUCAGUCACACGGCACGGAUAUCCGGUAGAGCUUCACAAAGUCACCACUCAGGAUGGGUACAUCCUAACCCUGGUGCGCAUUCCAGGCAAGCCCGGUAAAGCACCUGUACUCAUACUUCAUGGGUUGCUCAGCUCCUCAGUAGACUGGACCGUCCAGGGACAGGACAAGUCAAUCUCGUUCAUUGCCGCGGACGAAGGCUACGACGUUUGGUUGGGUAAUGUGCGUGGCAACACCUUCUCCAAGGAGCACACAGCGUUAAGCAGCAAGGAUCGUGAAUAUUGGCAGUUUAGCUUCCACGAAAUCGGACUGUACGAUCUACCCGCCAUGGUCGACUACAUCCGGAGCAACACCUCUUCCGACGCGAUACACUACGUCGGACAUUCGCAAGGUGGCACAGCGUUCCUGGUGAUGGCAAGCAUGCGUCCAGCGUACAACCGGAAGUUUGCCAGCGUCCAGCUAUUAGCUCCGGCCGCUUACAUACACCACGCAACAUCACCGGCCGUUGAUUUCGCUACCCGUAUCGAUGAGCUGGAAAUGUUUGCAAAGCUGACGCGAAGCUACGAGCUUGGUGGACGUGGUCCCGGCUCUUCGAUGGAUCUUGUGUACGCCGGUCACAAGACGGGCCUGGUUCCGACUGAUCUAAUUCUCACCAACAUCUGGUACUUUGUGGGUGCUCACGAUUCUAUCAAUCGUACGGUUUUGGGCGAAAUUCUUGCCAACACACCGGCCGGAUGCUCCGUCUAUCAGUUGCUACACUUCGGACAAAACUAUUUGGCCAAAUCGUUCCAAAUGUAUGAUUACGGUGCGAUCGGUAACGUACAGCGCUAUGGAACGAAAAUUCCACCAGAAUAUCCGCUCCACAAUGUGACUGCGCCGAUCAUGCUGUACUACAGCGUAGGGGAUAACUUUGUGCCGGCAGAGGACGUGGAAGAGUUGGCCGACCGGCUGCCGAACGUGGUGCAUAAGCAUCGGAUUGGAUUGCGCAAGUGGAACCACAUCGAUUAUCUGUUCGACGUAAGCGCCCACCGGCUUUAUCGAAUGAUUGUGGCUUCGCUGACAAAUCAAACGGCGGAGGAGAAUGAGCAAUAAAGGGGCGAUGAGUUUUGGGGGAGAUUGUUCUUACAAAAUUAAUUAAAACAAAGUUACGAAAACAGUAUUAAAACUCAUCUUUUAUAAUUUUUCUAUUUUGCAAACUUAUUCGCCCGGUUGCACAAUGCAUCUCAAUCUGAGCGUGUAAUUUUAAUUACGAAAUUUAUAAUAAUUAUACUC